CGGCUAGUUCAAGUUGCCAUAGCUGCGAGUCCGGGGAGAGCAGAGUCGGUUGAGUCGCUGCGUUUGGUCAGUUGCACCUUCUGGGUCACUGGUAGCCGCGGGAGCCGGGUGGGGCCUAGGCGAUGAUCCCGCAUUAAGGAACUGGGGUCAUCCUCCGUCUCAGGUACCUGCCCCCACCUCCCCCUUGCCCUUUUUUGACCACUUCCCCGUCUUACUGUAGACGUUUUAGUCCCACUUCCCCUCGUCCCAGGUGUAGGGACCUCAGAGCGGCGCGGGAUCUGGGGUGGGGCGGUGGAUGGGUGGAGUGCGUGCAGAGGUGAGGGGAGACGGCGCGCCUGUCAUCCCGAGGCCUCCCUCUCUGGGCAGGGGUGUCCGCGGUCAGGUCCUGGCCAGGUUACCCAGCGAAUCUGGACUACAUUGUCCUUCCUUUGGGAGCAGCUUGCUCUACCGCUACCAACUGUGAAGCUUUAAGGGACAGGAGAUUGGACUCAUUCGGUGGUUUGGGGAAAGUGUAGGGGCAACCAAAGAUCAUCUGCUUGACUAGGCCCUUUGCCCUGAACCUCAUGAAGAAAUGAUAGGAGGCAGACAUAUGUGCCUAAAAAGAGCGUUGAGCUCAGAGAACAGCACCUCGGAGUUUUGGGGGUGUGCUUUGAGUUCCAUCAGAUGCAGGAGUUUGAACAUCUUUUAUUGCUCACAGUAACUUAACUUUAUAGCUGAAGUCUUUGUGUGUGUGUACUAGUGAAACUCAUGCCCGAACGUGUGAUUCUGUCUUAGUAAAAGUAUGUAAUCCUAGUGGCGGAUUUGUGUACAUCAAUGGCAGAAUCAUCCAGCGAAUCAGAUCACUUCCGCUGUUAUGACCGAUUGAGUCCAUGGGCUGCCAGAUCAACUCACAGGGGAACUCGAAGUCUUCCUACGGUAGAAGUUACCGAGAAGGUCAACACUAUAACAAGUACUUUACAGGAUACCAGUCGGAACCUGCGACAAGUGGACCAGAUGCUUGGACGAUACCGAGAAUACAGUAAUGGACAGGCGGGUGCGAUAGAACAUUUAAAAGAAAGCUUGGAACAAUCAAUCGACCAACUCCGGAGUCAACGUUUAUUGAGAAACUCAGGAGGGAGAAGUAUUUCUGUUACAAGUUUGUGUGCAAGUGACCUUGAUGGUGGCACUGGGCCAGAGAUCCAUCGUUUUCCACCUACCUCACCUCUCAAGGACUAUGGGGAUCCACAGGGUAUUAAACGAAUGAGAUCAAGAACUGGUGUCCGGUUUGUUCAAGAGACUGAUGAUAUGACUCAGCUUCAUGGUUUUCAUCAGUCUCUUCGAGACCUCAGCAGUGAACAAAUUCGCCUUGGAGAUGAUUUCAACAGGGAGCUUUCCAGAAGGAGCCGGUCGGAUGCCGAAACAAAAAGGGCUUUGGAAGAAUUGACUGAAAAACUUAAUGAAGCCCAGAAACAAGAAGUGGUUUCAGAUCGGGUGGAGCGGCGGCUUCAGGAACUAGAGAGAGAGAUGCGCACAGAAAGGGAGCUGGUGGAAAGACGCCAGGAUCAACUGGGACUCAUGUCCCUGCAGCUACAGGAGGCACUAAAGAAACAAGAAGCUAAAGCAGAUGAGCAUGAGGGGGCAAUAAAAAAUAAGCUAAGACAAACUGAAACUGAGAAGAAUCAGCUUGAACAGGAAUUGGAGCUAUCUCGAAGGUUAUUGAAUCAAUCAGAAGGCAGCCGAGAAACACUUUUGCAUCAGGUAGAAGAACUGCGUACACAACUUACGAAAGCAGAGGGUGAUCGAAAGGGUUUACAGCAUCAAGUAUCUCAGAUUUCCAAGCAACAGUCAAACUAUCAGGAUGAACAAGGGGAGGACUGGAGGUUUAGGAGAGGGGUUGAGCGGGAAAAACAGGACCUGGAGAAGCAAAUGUCAGAUUUGAGAGUGCAGCUGAACUUCAGUGCAAUGGCAUCUGAGUUAGAGGAAGUGAAACGGUGCAUGGAGAGAAAAGACAAGGAGAAAGCACAUUUGGCAUCACAAGUAGAGAAUUUAACACGUGAACUAGAGAAUGGGGAAAAACAGCAACUGCAGAUGUUGGAUCGACUUAAGGAGAUCCAGAAUCACUUUGACACAUGUGAGGCCGAGCGUAAGCAUGCUGACCUUCAGAUCUCAGAGCUGACUCGCCAUGCGGAGGAUGCAACCAAGCAGGCUGAGCAGUACCUCAGUGAGCUCCAGCAGUCAGAGGCUCUGAAAGAGGAGGCGGAGAAGAGGAGGGAAGACCUGAAACUGAAAGCUCAAGAAUCCAUUAGGCAGUGGAAGCUUAAACAUAAGAAGUUAGAGCGAGCGUUGGAGAAACAAUCUGAAACUGUUGAUGAACUGACAGGCAAGAAUAAUCAGAUUUUAAAAGAAAAGGAUGAAUUGAAAACCCAGUUGUAUGCAGCAUUACAACAAAUAGAGAAUCUUCGAAAGGAAUUGAAUGAUGUCCUAACAAAGCGUGCCCUUCAGGAGGAGGAGCUUCACUCCAAGGAGGAGAAAUUACGUGAUAUUAAGUCUCAUCAAGUUGACCUUGAAUUGGAAGUUAAGAAUUCCCUGGAUACCAUCCAUAGACUGGAAAACGAAUUGAAAAAGCAGGGUAAGAUCCAAAGCCAGAUGAAAGUUGAGAAAGCUCACUUGGAGGAAGAAAUUGCAGAGCUCAAGAAGAGCCAGGCCCAGGACAAAGCUAAACUUCUUGAGAUGCAAGAGUCCAUCAAGGACCUGAGUGCCAUCCGAGCAGAUCUUGCUAAUAAAUUGGCCGAGGAAGAGAGAGCCAAGAAAGCAGUGCUUAAGGACCUUUCUGACCUCACUGCACAGGCAAAAUCCAGGGAUGAAGAAACAGCUACAAUCAUCACACAGUUAAAGCUGGAACGAGAUGUGCACCAGAGGGAGCUGAAAGAUCUCACAUCAUCAUUGCAGAGUGUGAAAACAAAACAUGAACAGAAUAUCCAGGAGCUUAUGAAGCACUUUAAGAAAGAAAAGAGUGAGGCUGAGAAUCAUAUCAGGACUCUGAAGGCUGAAAGUUUAGAAGAGAAGAAUAUGGCUAAAGUUCAUCGUGGUCAGCUGGAGAAGUUGAAAUCACAGUGUGACAGACUGACAGAGGAAUUAACCCAGAAUGAAAAUGAGAACAAGAAACUGAAGCUAAAAUAUCAAUGUUUGAAGGAUCAACUAGAAGAAAGGGAAAAACAUAUAAGCAUUGAAGAGGAACACUUAAGGAGGAUCGAAGAGGCCAGAUUGCAGCUCAAGGAUCAACUUCUUUGCUUGGAGACUGAACAGGAAUCCAUUCUUGGUGUGAUAGGAAAGGAAAUUGAUGCAGCUUGUAAAACAUUCUCCAAGGACUCGAUGGAGAAAUUAAAAGUUUUUUCAUCUGGUCCUGAUAUACAUUAUGACCCACAUCGCUGGUUAGCAGAAAGCAAGACUAAACUUCAGUGGCUCUGUGAGGAACUGAAAGAGAGAGAAAACAGAGAGAAAAAUCUGCGACACCAGCUGAUGCUCUGCAGACAACAACUCAGGAAUUUGACUGAAAACAAGGAAUCUGAGCUGCAGUGUCUCUUUCAACAGAUAGAAAGGCAGGAGCAGCUUCUGGAUGAAAUACAUCGUGAGAAGAGAGAUCUACUGGAAGAGACCCAAAGAAAAGAUGAAGAAAUGGGAUCUCUGCAGCCGAAGCUACUGUUUAAACUUCCACCUUGGGAAGAUGCUAGUCAGACUGCAAUGAGAAAUCAGAGUGAAGCUCAAUUUGAAGAAAAAGCAGACCGUGUAAUUGCGUUAGAAACGAGUACCCGAGUGGCCUUGGACCAUCUGGAGUCUGUGCCUGAGAAACUGAGCCUACUAGAAGAUUUCAAAGACUUCAGAGAUUCCUGCAGUUCAUCUGAGAGAACUGAUGGAAGAUAUUCUAAAUACAGCGUUCGCAGAAAUUCUCUUCAGUAUCACCAAGAUGACACCAACUACAGAACCAAAAGUUUCAAAGGUGACAGAACCUUUCUAGAAGGUUCCCGCACUCAUGGGUUAGAUCACUCAUCCUCUUGGCAGGAUCACAGUCGCUUCCUGUCUAGUCCAAGAUUUUCAUACAUGAACUCAUUUACCAAAAGAACUGUUGCUCCAGAUUCAGCUUCAAACAAGGAAGAUGCCACAGUGAAUCGAACAAGUUCACAACCCAAAAAAGAGGAAUAUGAGAGCUAAAAAAGCAAACGUAAUUUGUUAUUUUACAUGAGUGCGUUACAAAUAAUAACAUCUCUAUUCUUACAGCAAUUUGGCCCAGAUUAUCUAACAGACAUACUUGCAGCUUUGGCUGUUUGGUAUUGCCAAACAUUGACAAAAGUGACAAUACUGUUGGUCCUUGUGAAUGGUAAACCAAUCCAAAUAGUAUCAGCUCAUGAAUGAUGUGCAGCUAAUUUGUUUGCAACUUAUACUAGCACAGAAAGAAUGAUAUUUUUUCACUUUGUAUUUUCCUUUUUCAAGUGUGGUCAGUCACAUUUUCCCAACCAAAAUUUGGAUUUCUAAUUGAGGCCUUUCAAAAAUUACUGGCUAAAAAGAAGGAAAAUGAGUUUCCCUUGAGGCAAAAGUUGCCAGCACUUUAGAUUCAGGGAGCAUUUAUAUACAACUGAUUUUUUGAAAAGUGCUUUCUGCCUAAUAAAUUAUCAUGUGUUAUAACAUGUCAUGGAGAUGUGCAUAUAUAACAUUAGACAGUCCACUUUAUAAAUGCUCAGGACUUUUAUAUCCGUCAUCUCAGCGGUCUGCGACUAAGAUACAGUAGCUGAAAAUUAUUUCCAAUCAUCCAUUUUUAACAGCAAUAAAGAAUUCAUAAAUGA